AACCCAAGUGCACCAGGGAUGCAUAAUUAUGAAGGAGACUGGAGUGACAGCCACACAAGAGUUUCAUACAGAGAAAAACCUGGCUUCUUUGGACAAAUACAGCAGAGUUUCUGGGCAUCUCUGAUUGGAAUUCUUCUUGUUGUUGUCUCAUUUCCUGUCAUUUACUGGAAUGAGGUAACACUAUCCUGAGUAUCAGGCCUUCCUAAGAGGGUAGGGGAGAGGAGAUUUUAGAUGGGAGAAGUAAUGGAGUUUGCUUCAUUUACUGUGCUUUUCAAAAACAUGCCAAUUGCGAAGUUCAAAAGCCAACUGAUGAUUGCAUUUUUCGCUGCCGUCAAUCAUCUUAACACACCUCUUAGGAAACAAGACUUUACUUAAACGGGUUCAAAAAUAAUGUAUUUAUCAUGGGUUAUGGAACCUUUUCUUUGGGGUGUUACAUGGUAUGCGGUUCUGUUGCUUCAUUAGCGGUAGGCUAUAUAAUUAUAUUUGAGUUGUUCUCAUUUAUAUUCAUUCGCGUCUUACGACCGUCCCUACGCCCUCAAAAUUAAAUACCUCGGCAGUGAUCAGGGGUUUCUCUUAGACGUAGUUUUUUGCAUGCUGCUAUAUGAAAGGUUUAGCACGUUUUGUAUGUUUACUGAAUGAUUGUUAUACGAGCAUAGUUUAGAUCAUUUUGUUGGGUUGUUUUUCUUGCUGUAAUUUUUUACAUUUCCGAUAUUUCAUUCUGUUUAUUGUAUUAUUUCCAUCCAUUCUGUUGAUGAAGGCAUAAUAAAGAGGGUCGCACACGGCUCGUGUUGACACACCCCAAUUGAGGUUGCUUGUUACAUGAUAAAUGUUUUAUAUUCGUUUGAGCGGGGUAGCGAAUUAGAAUAUAAAGGUCAUGGUUUGUGAUUUGUGAUUGGUGGAUUUUGAUCCGUUUUGUGUGUUUCUGUCUUUCAAGGUUCGUUGCUUAUGAUCGUAAUUAUUAUUGACGGCAGCCAAAAACGCAAUUGUGGAGGCAGCAUUAUGAACUUUAGAGUUUGCAUGUUUGUGAAAAGCCCAGUAAUACUGGUAUUAAAACAUACUUGAUUGUCUGAUGGAAGGAUACAAUGAGCAGAACAUUUUGUUCCUGAAGAAGUGGAUUCUUAGUAAUGAUGAUAACAUGUGGAAUAAAAAUAUUAUCAUAUGUAUUUCACAUAGUUUUAAUUGCAAAUUUUUAAUUUCUCUUGUUCUCAAGCAACAGAGUACUGUAGUCAGAAUAAAUUAAUGUGUGCCAAAAACUGGUCGAAAAAAUUUUAUCUAGCAAACUGGCAGAAGUCACUUAAGAAUUAAUGGGGCUUUCUUUCCAACCACCCCUUCAAUAAGUAAUGAAGCAUUUUCAUAUAUUUUUGGAUAUAAAGGAGCAGUUAUAAAUUUUUACUGCUGCAUCCUAAAAAAUUUUGCUGCCAAUACAUGGAGACAUAUUUAAACUACUGAAAAAUUAAUGAUUAUAUUUAACUUACUAAUUACUGAAUACAUUAUUACCACAAUAGGGAAGAGCUGUUCAAACAGCCCUAUCAUUAGAUGAAGGCCUGAGACAAGUUGUUCGUCUUCAAUAUAUUGAUCAAGUCAGUCCUGAGUAUGACAACAGCUUGGUUCACUUAACAGGAAGUUUACAAACAGACAGAGUAAGUUCCACUCUUGGAUCCUAAUCUAAAGCCCCAGGUUUCCUGUACAAUUAUUUAUUGUUGCAACUACUGAAAAAAGUCCAGUGAUGAAAACAAUACAUUUUAUUUUUUAAUAUUGAUCGUGAAAACAAUUAUGCAUUAUGAUACUUGUAGAACUGCUGGUGCUAAUAAUAAUUAAUAUUAUUAUUGUUGAAGAUCGAGUUGUUUCCGUAGUGAAUCUUGACAAAAACGGAGCUCACAACAUUUCUGAAAACAAGUUUGAUUGGGUCUUAAUUAUAAAAUUCAUUAUUGGUAUAGUAACCCUUAAGCUACCUGUUUUAAACAUGCUUGGGAAACUAGAAGUUCAUGCCUAUCAUUCAUCAUCAAACUUAACUAACUGAGGUGUUGUUUUGUUAGCCUCUAAGUGAUGAACAAUACGGCAUUGCUGUCAGGGCUGUGAAGCUAAGAAGAAAGGUUGAAAUGUAUCAGUGGGUGGAGCAUAAAAAGACUCGGUAAAGUAUUAGAACUUUUAAGUGUGUGAAAAAUUAGAGAGUCAUUAGUAUUGCUCAUAGAGAGGGAUUAAUGUGCAUAGUACAUAUGGGUUUGUAACCAGGGGGAUUUGCUGAUAUUAUACAUUAAUUCAAGGGCUUGAUCAAAAACUGCAAAAACAUAAGUGAUGAUUUUGCUGAAAUACAAAGUUGUUUAAAAAUCACUGAAUUUUCAUGAAUGAUCAUUUUCCCUGUAUUACAAAACAAGCUUCUGCUUUUUUUGAUACAAUGGAUUCCUGAUCAGUAUUAGGGCUAUUGAUCGAAGCAAUAUUAUUUAGUGUGGUUUUACUUAUCUUUGACUUUUAAUAUUUCCUCAUAAUUUAAUUAUGCAUUGAUUCACUUCACUCACUUACUUCAUCCAAUUGAUUUUUUUUAGAGAAUAUGACGAGGGAGGAAAAACAAGAGUAGAAACAACUUUUUCUUACUGUAAGUAAAUAAAUAAAUAAAUAAAUAAAAAAGUGAUCUAUACAUAAUUCCACUAUUUUUUUUUUGUAUGCCGUUAUAUUUUCCUUUGAGAUAACAUAGUCAUUGAGUAGUAUACUAACGUGUGUACGGAUAUCAUCACUUAUUUUACAAGGGGGUGAAGCAUUGCCCCCAGUUACUUUUGGGCAGGAGAAAUGACACUGAUAAAUAUGUCUGUGCUAGUCCUUCUAUUUUUACUGUACAUGCAUAAUAUACAUGUACAGUAAAAAAUAAAAGGACCAGCACAGACAUAUUAUGUUACAGGUCAAAAUUAAAUCCUUGAAAUAUAUGGUUAUUGUAGCAAUGGAGUGGAAAGACCAUAUUGUUAGAAGUGGUGAGUUUGAUAAUCCAUCAGGACAUCAAAACCCUCACAGCAUGCCGGUGGAAUCUUAUACAAUUAAAUCAGACCCAGUCAAGGUUGGAGCGUUCAUUUUGUCAAAAGGUAAAGUACAGUAUCAUAUGUGAAUAAAUCUUCUUUUCUUUUAAUGAAGAAGCCUAACCGUAUAAACCUUGAAAUAUAAAGAAGAUUAUCACAGUUGAAGAAUGUUACAACAUGCAAUUUAAGCAGUUGAGGAAAGAAUACCUGAAAAAAGUCAGGCUUGUCAGGAUUUGAACCUGGACCUCUGCGAUCCUGGUACAGCACUCUAACCAAUUACGCUGUAGCAAAAGCAUGCCUGCACUUCCACCAAAUAUUAAAAAAGUUUGAGGUCAUGCCAUUUCUUGAUAACUUUUUUUGUUAUUAUUUUAUUCUUUUGACUUCCUUUUUAUUUAUUUCUCAUUCUCUUUUAGGCCUUGUUGAAAAAAUAAAUGAGUUUCACCCGCUUGCUCCAAGAGAUUUGGUCAAAAGAGGACGAAAAAUGUACAUUCAUGAUGGAAUGUUUUAUCAUGCAAAGGAUCAGUUUUAUCCUGUGGUAAGAAAUGUCAAGCAGCCAUCUCAGCUCAGGUUUUCAUACAAGAAUGCUCUCAUAACCUGCAACACAUUGUUAGAUGACCAGGACGUAAUUGAACUGUCUGUCUGCUACAACAAUGUCAUUUUUCCAAUACAUUGUACAGGCAUUGAGAAAAAUUACUCCCAGAAAAUAUUAAUGCCAUUAACACUACACUGGAUGACUCUUCAGGGUGUUGUAGGUACAAUAUGUUGGAACCGUUGAAACUAUAAAGAUCCAAAUAAAUGAGCAACUCAGCCUUACAUGUAGUGAAAAAAUUAUUUUAUUAAUGAAAAGACUUGAUAUACAGCUUUUUUGUUCUGACUCUUGAGUUUUUUUUCUUUAAAAGUGUUUCACUGCUAUGCAAAUAACUAAUGAUUUAUAUUAUUUCUAAUAUACCUAUUUUGUUGUUGUUAUUGUUUAGGUUGGCGAUGUGCGGGUGCAGUUUUCUUAUGCUGGACUGAGUGGAAAACCUGGCUCGGGACUAGGCGACCCACUGAAGGUAGAGAAAAAAUCUCAAGAGUAAUCAAUAAUUAAACUACUCCCUCUUAUAAGAAAACAAGCAACUACACGUAAAACUUGCACAUGCUUACAGAACCUAGAAAAAAAAUGAUUGUUUCUGUUUUUCUAACAGGUCAGUAUUGUUGCCCGACAGCAAGGAGGAGCACUGUCCCAGUAUAACACAGAAUCUGGGGAUACACUGGAGUUUCUCUACCCUGGAGAAAUGAGUGCAGAGGUAAAUAAAAAUGUUUUCAAACAACAACACAUAUCUACACCUGAAUGUACUUUCUUCUUUUGGACUUAAUUGUCAUACCAGAACAGGUUUCAAAAAUAGGCCUGGCAAUUUCAAAUCAUCUAUUAACAGUUUAAUUAAACCAAUGAGAAGUUGGCCAAAUUUUGGUAUUUUCAUUCUCCACCUUAAAGUUUUUUUUGUUUGUUUGUUUUCUGAAUUGCAGGAGAUUUUUGAUGCCGAGCAUUCUGCCAAUACUCUUCUCACUUGGGCCCUGAGGGGAGUAGGUUGGGUCUUGAUGUUUAUCGGAUUUCAAAUGAUGACAAGCAUUCUUACUUUGUUGAGUAAGUAAAACCAUAAACAUUAAGUUAAGACAGUCAUUGUAGACAAAUGCAGUCAGGUAAAGGAACAGUAGGCCCUAGCUAUAGCCCUAAAACAAGGGCUUCUUGCUAGGAAAAACAAAAGAAAUCAGAGGUUUCAAAGACCUGACAGCAGCUAUGUGUUAGAAAUUUUAAAAACAUGCUUUGUUUUAUUUUCCAGUCUCUUGGGUGCCAAUUGUCCGUGAGCUUGUGGGCCUGGGUUUGACCAUACUAUGCCUGUGUCUCGCCACCUCGUUGUCAUUGGUUACCAUAGCAGUUGGCUGGAUCGCUCACCGGCCACUUCUAGGCAUGACAUUAUUGGCAGCAGCUGCUGUGCCCAUACUGAUAUCUAGACAACGGAGGCAGAAUACUUAUGACCGCGACAGAUGAACACGGAGCUUUCAAUAUUAACAUUAGGACGAUCAUAGUUCUAUGGUAUCAUUGGUUGCUAUUAAGGUGAAUUUUUAACAGAUCUCUAUGUAUAUGGGAGAACAUUGCUCUGCAGAGAUUGCACUUUACACACUGAGGGUCCAAUGGCACAGAGUUUUCACAGGCUGCUCUAAUCUUAGACAUGUUUUAGAUCCAUUCUCCAGUCAAAAUGUAAGUUACAGAGAAAGGAAAGCAGUGGAACUCUUGUGGAAGUCUCAGUUCCCUGAAUUGUCAAACUAGACUGGUCUAACCUAAAUUUGACGUGACUUUGGCAGUUACACAUGUCGAGCAUUGGCUUCUGUAUAAACUAUAAAAUUAAUGUAUUUUAUAAGGUAGAUAAUAAUCCACACAUGGGCUUAUUUCCUGAAGAGGGACUGGUUAUUAGGCUAGAUUCAAUGCAACUAUUAAGAUGCCUAAAACUUGAAUAGUUUGUUACUAUAGGUGGCAAGCAUUAAUUUCAAAAUUACAUGGAGUGGCAUACAAAGGGG